AUGCCACGGCCAGCUCCCAGCCCUUGGAGCCCUUGGGUGCUGAUUCUGGGCAUUGGCAUCUGCACAGAGCCAGUGGAGGCUUUGAAAGGCAGCCUAGACGCCUGUAGCGAGACGGAAGUGCCAUGGAGUCAGGUCCAACAGGAGCUGCUGGUGCUGCAAAACCUGGUGCCGGGCAGCGUGUCGGAGGAGCGACUCCAUGCACUCAGAGAGCUGGCCUUGACGGGCGGAUUGGAUCCACAAGAAUGUGAUUGCUGGUAUGGCUGGAUCAGUCUCCGGUUCUUCAUUCCCCAGGUCUUGGAGCCGCAGGAGCGACUGCAGGUCUUGGAACAUCAGCUCUUUCACACCGAGCUGAUCGCGUGGCUUGCCUCCCCCUGGAUAGAGAUGCUAGACUCCCUUUGGAAGCCGCUUGAGGCUUUAGCCGCAACUUCCAAGAUCUUUCAGAGAAGCAGCCUGGACAAGGCUGGGUGCUCCGAGAAUGCCAUACGAUUCUGGCAGGCUUUGCAGAAUCCCAGCCUUCCCACUGCGCAGCUGGCUGCAGCGGUGCUGUUAGACCUGCCCGAGGAUCUGCUGGCCUCGGACGAAAGGGCGUGGGAUGAGCCAUGCCCUGCCUUCGCGGCAGCCACUGCCGCCGCCCUGCUGGGCGUGGAGCCAAAAGAAUUUCGCGUGACCCCAGGGUAUGCCCUCUACCUCGCCCAGCAGAUUCUGAAGCGCAGCAGCGACUUUGGUUUGUUGGAGCUGGUGAGUUCCGCCUGGCCUGUUGCGACCACCUUGGCUCGCCUGGCCGUGCACUUGCGAGAAGGGCGCGAUCGCAGCGGAGUGCUGUCGGAAGACGAUUUGGCACAAGAGGUCAUUGCAGCAUCGAUGAAGGAGUUUCCAGAGCUACAUCCCUCAUUCCUGCCACCCAUGGCACGGCUGGAAAAACUGAAACUCUUCGCAGGAGUGUCCAUGGCCCAUGCAGCUCUUACGGCAGCGCAGGUGCCAUAUUUCGCCAUCACUGGUACUCUCUUGGGCGCUGUAAGGCAUCACGGCUUCGUUCCCUGGGACGGCGAUGCAGAUCUUUGCGUUGACAUUAACGAUGAACUUCGCCUGCUCUUCCUGGCACUCCUACAGGGGGAUGGCGUGCAGAGCUUUGUAGGUGCCAACUUGGGAACUCCAUACUUUUCUGCAAUCCGCAGGGCACAGCAAGUCCUGAAUGCCGCAGGAUUCGAGCUCUGGGCCAACGCGGAACGGCCCUUAACCUUCAAGCUGGCCAUGAGGGACUCGCCUAGAGUGCCUGGAAAAAUGUAUGGCUACCCAUACAUGGACAUUUGGUUCUGCCACCACUGGGCCGAGGGCGACUUCUCCUUGCAAUCCGCCAACUUCGGCGUGGGCCUACCACGGCAGGUCGUCUUCCCUCGCCGCAAGCUCUUCUUUGAGGGCUUGACGCUAUGGAGCUUUGGGAACGCACAAGAAGCCAUCGUGAACUACUACAAAGAAAGCAACGCUUUGGAGAAGUGCGUGGGGCACGGCACCUUCCACAGGCAAGAGAGGCAAUACUCGGAAGACACGGAGCAUCAUCGUUUCAACGGCAAAACCGACUGUGCCAAUUUGGCUCAGCUCUUCUCCUUCGCCAGUCCUGUGAAGUCGGGUGCUCCGCCGGCGACUGGGCGCGAGGAAGCGGGAACCAUCCACCAAUAG